CCUCUGAGCGCUCGAUUGUUUGCUCAAAUAAUAAUUUUCUAAAAUAAACCGCGAGCGCAAAAUAAAACUUAUUAUCGAUUGGUCUCCAAACUCUUUUCCAGACUGCUGUCAGUAUGCUGUGUGAGUUGGUGUCUUAUUUCGACGGGACUGGUCCCUUCCGUUUAUUGCAGAUCUGGUUAGUGGUCACUUCGGCAGCCCUGGUCUUCAUCAUGUUCAGUUCUGGCCUAGUGUUCUACUGGCUCUAUUGGCCAUCCAAUGUGACCUACGAGAAGUGGCGAUGCAAGUCCAACCCCGCCUACCCGUCUGUGGAAAAAGUGCGUGAUGAAAUUGUACAGAUGCUGAAAGGACUCUGCUGCUCGACCAUCUUCCCCUCCCUCUCCAUUUACCUCAGUGCUACAGGCUCCACCUCCCCCUCCCUCACUCAGGGCUUCUGUGGGUGGUGGGAUUUUUCACUCGGCUAUCAUCUGUUCAGCCUGUUUGUCGUGUGGAUCGGCUCCGAUUUCUACGAGUUCGCCUAUCAUAGAUUGGGUCAUGUGAGCUUUCCGUUCUGGAAGCACCACAAACAUCACCACGUGUUUUACAAUCCAUCUCCAUUCGCCGUGAUCGCAGAUGAAUGGAUUGACCAGUUCGUGAGGUCACUUCCAGUUCUUCUAAUUCCUGUGCUGAUGCCGGUAAAUCUGGACCUUCUGUUUGUGACGUAUGCAGUGUGUUUCUACUUCUACGGAGUGUACCUCCACUCGGGCCACGAGUUAGACUGUCUCUCCGCCCACAACAAAUACAUCAACACCUCAUUCCAGCACUAUUGUCACCAUGCGAAAUCACUCAUGAACAAACCAUACCAUUGUGGUUUCUUCAUUAAACUGUGGGACAACUUGUUCAGCUGUGUCUACCCUGAAGACAAGUGCUUCUGUGCAGAAUGUUCUAGAAGCAAAGGCGAGAGAAGUUUUGAGGCAUACGAGAAAGUCCAUGUGCCCGACUACUCGCUCCUGUUCGAAGCCAAGACUUGGCUCGGAAAAUCAGUCUAAAUUCCGGCGUGAGCAAACUGCUAGGUUAUACGUGUGGAAUCACGUGAAUUAUCUAGAAGCAUAACAAUGAAAUCAAAAUAUACU